GAAGAUGACAAGGAGGACUCUGAAGAAAGCGAUUAUGAAGACUCUGAAAACGAAAAGGAGACCGCAGAAAAGUUCUUCACAGCAACUAAAUUCAAGAAUAAUCGACAUCAAUGGUUAGUGGGAUUCUACGACUAUCUAUCCCGACCGUCAGCUGGCCACAAAAAAAAAGGCAUCAAACUUCAACAUGCAGGCCAGAUUAAAAAUAUCCUAGAGUUCAUCGACAGCAAGGGUGAUGACAUUAAAUGCUUGGCCAACGAUGAAGGAGAUGCUGUCUGGAAGAGAUUUGUCGUUCCAUCAUUGGAGAGCCAAAGCAAGAAAAGUGGAACGAUCAUCUCCUAUCUCACGAGCUUUGAGAUGUUCCUCAAGUAUGUUACCAACCCGAGGUACAAUAGAUCAGGACCUCCCCUUUACCAAGCCUACAUAGAUACCUUGGUGGCAGUCCUGCCAGAGAUAAAAGGCUGGCGGUCUACCGUGGACUCUCAAAGCCAAGCUGAGAAAAACCAGCGAUGGUUAGAUGAAAGCGCAGGCUUGUUGACACCAGAAGAAAUCAAUGCUCUGAAAGAAUCAAGACCCUACUCUGAUGGCAUUAAAGCAAUUAAUGAAGCUGGCCAGGGAAAAAUACUUUCACAACAAGAAUUUACCUCAGCGCGCGACAUUCUGCUUGUGCGAUUUACCACAGACAACGCCACCAGACCCGGCCCACUAAACAACGCCAAACUCAGCGACUAUGAAAAGGCAGAAACAUCUGGCGGCAACAGAAUCAUGCUCAUUCCAAAGCACAAGAGAGCAAAGGAUGGGCCAGCUAUACUUGGAAUGAAGCCUGAUCUCCAAGAUCUUAUGGAAAUCUACGUGAACAAGAUCAGGCCCCAAGUGGCAGAGAGAAACGAAGAUCACUUGUUUGUCACUGUUGAAGGAAAAAAGUUUCCUGAGGGAACAAUUGGAAGAAGAGUUCAAUCUCUCUUUGAAAAAGCCAAACUUCGAGAUGGCAAGAGAUUCGCACAUGUGAGUGUAAGGAAAUUCGUCACUACAAAGACCAAGGAGAAGGGGACACAACAGGAGGCUGCCAUAGUUCAGAGAGUCAUGGCCCAUUCCUCUGUAACAGCAGAGAGAUCCUAUGUGCGCACCAACCUCACUGAAUUGGGUUCGAAGGCUCUACACAUCAUCGAGCGAGUCACUGGUGAAAAUGAGAACAAGAAAAAGGCUGAGUCAGAGGACAGCAGAGCCAAGAAACAGGACAUCAAUGCUACGACAUCCACUCAAGAAAGAUCCGUGACUGUUGAGACUGUAGCAGCCACGAAACCAACCGAUGACUCACAGGACAGCGGAGGCCCAAAAGGAAAUACAGCUGCUGCAACAUCCACUUUGGGAAGAACUGCGAGUGUCGAGACCGCAGCAGCGCUAAAGCCAACCACAUCAUCUACAACUGAGCAAGAGCAAGACUCUGACUGCGAAGGUGACUGUCAAAAAGCUGAACAACCUUCAAACGCCGCUGAAACAGCAUCGAGAUCCAGCUAUUCUGUGUCUCUACUAUCAAGUGAAGUGCUGCCACCAACACCAGGCAGAGCCUUGACGGAUAAGCAAAAGGAAGCCAUAAAGAAAGUGUUUAACCGUGAGAUAACUGCAGGGACAAAGGUUUCGAAGGCAACAGUUCAAAACAGGUGCUGCACCACACCUGUACUGGCAGUCCUGGCAUCCUCACUAAAGAAAGUGAAACAGGUUGUGAACCACGUGAACUACAUCAUUGACAGUAGCCCAAAAAGUCUUCCAACAGAGUUACCAAAGCCAACCACCUCCAAAGUGCAUGGGUGGUUAGACGAAUUUGAUGAUCGCUCAACGAGAUCGAGUGGCAAGAGGCAAGAGUGGGACGAGGCGGAUACCACAGCACUAGAGAAAACUUUUAAAAAGUACCCUUCGUUGCCAUCUACAGCCCAAAUUAAAGGAAUUCUCAGGGACCAAAGAAACCUCGCUGACAUCUUGGAUAGGGAAGGCUGGACAAGAGUUUACACUAAAAUAAAAAACAUUUUCAAAAAAAAAGCUAAAAAAUAG